UUUUUACUUUAAUUUAAAUUGUAUUAUAAUAGAUUUUUUAUUAAAUAAUUAUGGCAUUUUCACAAUCGUUCGAGUUUGGCGACAGUACAUUCAUGAAACUGGAGAAUGAAUUAAAAGCACCCAGCAGCGAAAGGAGCGGACACAAUAUCAAGCAGGAAACAAAUGCCUUGGAAGUCAUACAGGAAUCGCCGCCAAAAUUAAAAUUGAAGUCUCAGCGCAUUUACACGCAAUCGAAGUCGAAUAGAUCGAAUGUAUCCCAGCGCCAGCAAUUUCGACGCAGUAAAUCCGACUCCAAGCUGGGAAAACCUACAGUCGCAACGAAUGGCAGCUGUGAAAGAUAUUCACAGUUCUUUAUGGACAACUUUUCGUAUGAUAAAAGCCAUGAGAAGAAGAAUAGAGAAGAGUCACUAAACGAUGAAUCGUUAAUGCGUGUCUCCCAAAUUCAGGCCGACUUGGACGCCGACAAAUUAUCGCUUGAAGGCAGCUGUGAGAAUUUAAAUACCACCUCCAUCUUUGAAGCACAAAUUUGCACGGAAGAUGUUUUUGGCACGGAGACGGAGCCGGAACCGGAGCAUGGGGAGAGCAGAAGCAAGUCACCCAUUGAAUUGGCAAAUUUGGAUGAGAGCAGCUUUCUGGCACCAGCCAAGGAUCCGCACGCGGCACAACAACUGCAACAGGAUCUCAUACGCAGCCGCUGCGAACUGGCCAAGCAGAAUUUUUGUUACACGCAAAAAUGGACCCAAAACCUGAGCAGCAUGUCACCCAACCAACUGCACCUUUCACCCAGUUGUCCCGCCGCCAAAGAAUCACCCCGACCUCAACCACCUGUGGAUCUCAAAGCGCUCAAGCAAAUCUCCGCCUGGAACUUGCCGCACAGUGUGCUAGCCGAGUACAAGAAGAAGGGCGUCGUAGAAAUGUUCGACUGGCAGGUGGAAUGCCUUAGCAAGCCGAAGGUGCUCUUCGAGCACUGCAAUCUGGUCUAUUCCGCACCCACGUCUGCCGGCAAGACGCUGGUCAGCGAGAUUCUGCUGCUGAAGACGGUGCUGGAGCGCGGCAAGAAGGUGCUGCUGAUCCUGCCCUUCAUUUCGGUGGUGCGCGAGAAGAUGUUCUACUUGCAGGAUCUGCUAACGCCGGCUGGCUAUCGCGUGGAGGGCUUCUUUGGCGGCUACAGUCCGCCCGGUGGCUUCGAGAGCAUUAACGUGGCCAUCUGCACCAUCGAGAAGGCCAAUUCGAUUGUCAACAAGCUGCUUGAGCAGCGCAAGCUCGAGGAUCUGGGCACUGUGGUUGUGGACGAAGUGCAUCUCAUUUCGGAUGCGGGCCGUGGCUACAUUCUGGAGCUGCUGCUCGCCAAGAUCUUGUACAUGUGCCGCAAGCAGGCGCUGCACAUCCAGGUGAUCACCAUGUCCGCCACCUUGGCCAACGUGCAGCUGCUGCAGCAGUGGCUCAAUGCCGAGCUCUACAUCACGGACUUCCGUCCAGUGGCGCUAAAGGAGAUGAUCAAGGUGGGCAGUAAGAUCUAUGACAAUCAAUUGCAACUCCUGAGGGACCUAAGUCGCACUGCGGAUGUGCCGGCACUGCCUAACGAUGGGGAUCAUGUGGCACAGCUGUGCAUCGAAACGCUGCUGGAAGGCUGCUCCGUGGUGGUCUUCUGCCCGUCCAAGGAUUGGUGCGAGAACCUGGCCGUCCAGCUGGCCACGGCCAUGCACACGCUCAUCAAAUCCGAGAGCGAUGUGGGCAAACGACUCCGAGCCCAACUCAACCAGCAGGCCAUAGACGAAGUCAAGCAGCAGCUGCGCGACAUACCCACAGGCCUCGACGCGGUCAUGUCGAAGGCUAUAAGCUAUGCGUGUGCCUUCCAUCAUGCCGGACUGACCACGGAGGAGCGCGACAUCGUGGAGGCCAGCUUCAAGGCGGGCGCCCUGAAGAUUAUUGUGGCCACGAGCACCUUGAGCUCCGGUGUGAACUUGCCUGCGCGGCGCGUGCUCAUCCGCUCCCCCCUGUUCGGAGGCAAGCAGAUGAGCUCGCUGACCUACAGACAGAUGAUUGGACGCGCUGGCCGCACUGGCAAGGAUACUCUAGGCGAAUCCAUACUCAUCUGCACCGACAGCAAUGCGCGCAUCGGUCGGGAACUGGUCACAGCACAGCUGAAACCGAUUAGCUCCUGCUUGGAUCUGGACGACAGUACGCAUCUGAAGCGCGCGCUCUUGGAGGUGAUUUCGUCUGGCGUGGCAAGCACCAAGCAGGACAUCGAUAGCUUCUUCAAUUGCACAUUGCUCAGUGCACAGAGAAAGCUGGCUGCAGCAGUCCAAGAGCAGCAGCAGGAGCAGGAGGAAGAUGAGACGCAUUUCAUAUGCGACGCUCUAGAUUUUCUGCUCGAAUACGAAUUCAUACGCCUGCAAACGGAUGAGGAGACGGAUAUGCAGAACUAUGUGGCCACGCGGCUGGGCGCUGCCUGUUUGGCUUCGUCUAUGCCACCAACGGACGGACUCUUGCUCUUUGCCGAGCUGCAGAAGUCGCGACGGUGCUUUGUCCUGGAAUCAGAGCUGCAUGCAGUCUACUUAGUGACGCCCUACUCCGUGUGCUAUCAGCUGCAGGAUGUGGACUGGCUGCUCUAUCUGGAUAUGUGGGAGAAGCUAAGCCCUGCCAUGAAGAAGGUGGGUGAGUUGGUCGGCGUCAAGGAGGCAUUCCUCGUGCGUGCCAUGCGUGGCCAAGCCAAGCUGGACUACAAGCUAAUGCAGAUCCACAAACGCUUCUAUACGGCUCUGGCAUUGCAGGAACUGGUCAACGAGACGCCCAUCAAUGUGGUGGCCCACAAGUUCAAGUGCCAGCGCGGCAUGCUGCAGAGUCUGCAGCAGAUGGCCUCCACCUUUGCCGGCAUUGUUAGCGCCUUCUGCAACUCCCUCCAGUGGUCGACUCUGGCGCUGGUCGUCUCCCAGUUCAAGGAUCGGCUCUACUUUGGCAUACAUCGCGACUUGAUUGACCUAAUGCGUCUGCCCGAUCUGAGCCACAAACGCGCACGUGCCCUGCACGAUGCGGGCAUCACUAGCUUGGUGGAGUUGGCUUCCGCCAAUGUGCUCGCUCUGGAGCAGGUGCUAUUCGAUUCGCUGAGCUUCGAUUCAGCCAAACGGCAUGAGAAUGAGGACGAGCUGCAGGCUGCGCAGCGCAAUACGGCCAGAAACUUCUACAUCACGGGCAAAGCUGGGAUGACUGUGGCCGAGGCGGCCAAGCUGCUCAUUGAGCAAGCGCGUCAAUUUGUGCAGCACGAAAUCGGAGUGGGCAGCAUCCAGUGGACGCAGUCAGCCAAGGCAGUCGAGCAGCUGCACAUGUCCCUAGAGGAGGCGCCACCAAUGUCCGUUGAGCUGAGCUCGCAACGAAAGCGCAAGACGCCAGACAGCGCGGAGAGGCCGAGCAAGUUAGCGAAGCUGGAGGAGCAAGUGCCUCAGUCCAUAAAGCAGACAAUCAGCAAGAGCGAGCAGAAGUCUGGCAAUGCAAAGAAUGUGGAGUCAGUAGUUAGAGAAACGAGUCCAGCAUCUGUGGUUGGCAAGGCAAGCAAUAUAAAGAAUGUGGUGGGAGCAGCUAAGGGUGGAAGGAGAGUAGAAGCUGUAGACCAGGAGUUAACUCCAGCUGUAGCUGGAAAGGCAAAUAAUGAAAAAGCAGAAACCAAAGUAGAAAAACAAAGAGCAGCAGUUGCUCCGGAUGUGAAGCCAAGUUCAGCAGCUGUAGCCACGCCACCGAAACCCCUGGUGGAGCGCAAUCAUCGCAGCUCAAUCAAUAUCAAAGAGGAUGAGAAGCCCAGCACAAGCGCCGCCAGUCGCAAGGAGCUGCUGCAAAAGGAGAUUGAGGAACGGCGACGUGUGGCCAUGAUGAAGAUAAACAAGAAACGCGCUGAGAUGGAAAACAUGAGCAAGGGCUUGGUUGGGGAUGCGCCACCAAGGACAACCUCUGGGCAAACGGCGCUAGCAACCAGACAGAGCGAAAGUGGGAAGGAAAAUCUGCCCAACAAGGACUUCAAGACGCCGACAAGACUGACGGAAACCAAGUGCAAUAGCGGCAAGGAGACGUUGGCUAAGCAACUGCCACGACGCAGUCCACGUAAUCAUCAAGGCACGCAGGCGAACAAGCAAGCCGAGGCAGUGGAGCUGGAAAAGAAUCAGGAGCAGGAACUCUUCGCUAGCGAUGACUCCUUCAUGCUCAACACGGGCCUGACGGCUGCGCUGACAGCUGCCGAAAGCAAAGCCCAAGCGGAUGCCGAUGAGAUACCCAGCUCGCAGCCGAAGGCAGGUACUCCAGGCAGCUGCCGAACCCUAGUCUCUAGUCAGUUGCUGCGCUCGCAACGCAGAAGAACUCCCAAGCCGGACGCAGCCAGAGGUGCUCAGCUAAGAGAGCAAUCCACAAUGAGUGGCGCCUCCUCCAGAGAAGCUCAGCUAAAAGAGCAAGCCAAAGCGACUUCCAUGAGAGAAGCAAACUAUGUCCAGGAAUCGAAUUCGGCGUCUGCCAGCGACCACCAAUCCACAUCGGUUGCUGCCUCCUCCUCCAUAGAGCUGUCUAAUCUCUCCCUGGAAAACUCCCUGAUAAAGAAUCCAUUGCAGCUGAAUGCUUCACACAUACUCAGCUGCUCCAAGACGGAGGAGAAUGCGUCCAGCUUCAGCAGCAUUGACAUCGUGGACAUCUGCGGCAACAGGCAGCUCUUCCAGAUGGCUCUCCAAGAGCUGCUCCAGUCGAAGCGCUGCGGCUUCAGCAUUGGCCUCCAGCCGCAGACGGGCAAACGAAAGCCACUCAUUGGAGGCAAUCUACUCAUUAACCAGAUGGCAGCUGCGGCAGAGCGUGAGGCGGCUGCAGGCACGACCAUUCAGUUUCAAGUGGACGACAGCUCCUAUCUGGCGGGAAUCGCCUUUUGCCUGAACCACAAUGUGGUCUACUACAUGAACAUGCAGCCAGAGGAGGAGCAGCAGCAGCAGCAGGUUGGCAGUGAGCUGAAGGUGCAGCAGUUGUCCACCCUGCUGAGUCGUCAGGAUCUAACACUGCUCUCACACGAUGCCAAGGAGCAGCUGAAGGUGCUGCGCCAGGCUGUGCCCCAGCUGAACGACAUCCAAGUGCUGCUCGAGGAUCCAAAGGUGGCCAACUGGCUGCUGCAGCCAGACAAAACCCUUAGCUUUCACAACAUGUGCCAGCAAUUCGCGCCGGAGUGCGGAGCGCUGGCUAAUCUUUGUGGCAGUGGGCGUGGCUACAGCAGCUUUGGUCUGGACGCCAGCAGCGCGAUCAUGGCGAAGGUGCGUGCCUCCAUUGAGGCUUGUGUCACAGUACACAUACUGAACGGACAGCUGGAGAAUCUGGAGAGGAUUGGCACUGGACAACUGCUCAAGUUCUUCAGAGAGCUGGAGAUGCCCAUACAGAUGUCGCUGUGCCACAUGGAGUGCAUGGGAUUCCCAGCCAAGGAGCACAGCUUGCAGCGCCUCUUCCAACAAAUGGUGGCGACCAUGAAGAAGCUGGAGAGCAAGAUCUACGAGCUGCACGGUUCCCGCUUCAACCUGGGUUCCACGCAGGCGGUGGCCAAAGUUCUGGGACUCCAUCGCAAGGCCAAUGGGCGCGUUAGCACCUCACGCCAAAUUCUGGAGAAGAUCGAUUCGCCCAUAUCUCAGUUAAUAUUGAACUAUCGCAAGCUGAGCAUGUUGCUCGCGAAGAGCAUGCAACCGCUGCUCAAGUGCUGCCAGGCGAACCGGGUACAUGGCCAGAGCAUCACCUAUACAGCCACUGGACGAAUCUCUAUGUCGGAGCCGAACUUGCAAAAUGUGGCCAAGGACUUCCAUAUUGAAUUGGGCAAGGAGCAGCUGAAGAUCUCGUGUCGCAGCGCCUUUGCGCCCAUGGAUGAGAAGCGUUGCCUGCUCUCUGCAGACUUCUGUCAACUGGAGAUGCGCAUCUUGGCGCAUCUCUCGCAGGACAAGGCACUGCUCCAAGUGAUGAACUCCACCCAAGAUCUCUUCACAGCUAUUGCGGCGCACUGGAACAAAAUAGACGAAUCGAACGUAUCCGAGCAACUGCGAAACGGCACUAAGCAAAUCUGCUACGGCAUCGUCUAUGGCAUGGGCAUGCGCAGCCUCUCGGAGGCAUUGAAGUGUACAGAGCAGGAGGCGCAAAUGAUAACGGAUCAGUUCCACCUGGCCUACCCCGGCAUAAAAGCUUAUACCAUGAAAGUCGUUAAGUUCGCACGUAACAAUGGCUACGUGGAGACCAUCACAGGCAGGAGACGUUACCUGGAUCACAUUAACAGUGGCGAGGUGCAACUGAAGACCCAAGCGGAGCGGCAGGCCAUCAAUUCGACUAUUCAAGGCUCUGCAGCUGAUAUAGCCAAGAGCGCCAUUCUGCGCAUGGAGAAGAACCUUAGUCGGUAUCGCGAGAAGCUGGGCUUGGCCAAAAACGCAGUAAAUCUCGUCUUACAUCUGCACGAUGAACUCAUCUUUGAGGUGCCCACGGACAAGGCCAAGAAAGUGGCAAAAGUUUUAAGCCUAACAAUGGAAAACUGCGUCAAGCUGAAUGUGCCGCUGCGAGUGAAGCUGAAAAUCGGACGUAGCUGGGGAGAACUGCAGGAGGUCAAGGUUUAAUACUGGGGACUAAAAGCAUCCCUGGAAAUUUAGUGACUCGGAAGGAUGAUGUCAAGGAGAAAAAGCAUCCGCUUUGAAUCUGCUUGAAGUAUGUGCGCGAUAUGCCCGCAAACCCGAAAAUUAAU